AUGUUGCGCCCUUCGCAGACAGACUAUCUUUCAAUGACCACGCAAAACUCUGGCGCUCGAAGCUUCCUUUAUAAAGAAACAGAAGACGUUGAAAAACGUAAGGAGGAAGCCGAUGAGGUCUUAAAAUUCGAAAAGGCAGGAGGGACUAUUGCCACUUUGCCACAGAAAGUUUUGCUUGAAUUGGAGCUGACUAUGUUCGACUCCGGGAGAGUGUCCAGUUCAGUUUUCAGUUCAAUAAGCUGA